AUGAAUGAUUAUCGCAAGAAGAAAUUCCUUAGAUUGAAGGAUAAAGUUUCGUAUAGUGAAAAUCAAUUCUUCCGAGUGAGGCCAAAGGAUCAAGAAAGUAAAGAAGGCGAUGAAGUAGAAUUUAAGUGUCAUAUUGGCAACAGAGCAGGCUCAGUUCAAUGGAGUAAAGAUGGUUUUCUUUUAGGUUUCGACCCAAAAAUACCAGGAUUCCCCAGAUAUUUUAUGGAAGUUAAAGAAAAAGAAGGUAUAUAUAACUUGCACAUUAAAGAAGUUAAGUUUCAGGAUGAAGGAGAAUUCCAAUGCCAAGUUGGUCCAGCUUUAAAUAAUACACCGAUUAGGUCAGUGGCUAAACUUAGAAUACUCAUUCCACCAGAUUACAUAACAGUCAAUGGCUUGGGUCAGGCUUCCACAAUGGAAGUAAAACAAAACACAACGGUUCAACUCACUUGCCAAGCAGUGGGGAGUAAACCAGCAGCUCAACUAGUUUGGUACAGAGACAACAUUGAAGUACCUAAAGAAUCCGUCCAUUACGAAGAACGGAAAGGAAAGAAGAGAUAUACUGCGACAAGUUAUUUAACAAUUCGUCCUCUAAUCCAAGAUAAUGGCGUAAAAUUUGCAUGUGAAGCUGUGCAUAAGGCGCUGGAUCAGAAGAUGAGGACCGAAGUUACUUUAAGUGUCUUACAUCCGCCUGGAGUUCCUCGAAUAGAGGGCUAUGAAGAAGGCACUAUAGUGAGAGCUGGCGAGGCCUUAACCUUAGUAUGCAUUUCAGAAGGUGGUAAUCCUCCUCCUCAAUUGAUAUGGUACCGAAGUAACGCUCAGAUUGAUGCAACAUAUUACCCAAUAAUGGGAGAGUCUGCAACUGCCAAUAACCUAACUUUUACAGUAAGUGCCACGGACAAUACAGGGUCAUAUUAUUGUCAAGCAUCGAACGCUGCUACAAAGGAGCCGCUAACAGCUUCUAUCAAGCUUAAUGUUUAUUAUCUAUCAAACAAAUUGUCGAUAAAGGGUCCAAAUGAAGUUCCUCGGGGAGGUACUGUCACAUUGAGCUGUAUUACAGAUAUCAGCAAUCCGAAAUCCGAAAUAAGUUGGACUGUUGACGGUAAACGUUUAAAGGCAACUAAAGAAGUAAUCGAGGCUAAAGAAGAAGGGUGGAUUACUACAAGCAAUGUCACCAUCACUCUGUCCAGGCAGGAACCGGAUGUAAAAGAGUUUUCAUGUUACGCAAAAAACAACCAAGUGUCCGGAACCGCUUCUGUAGUUCAUAAGCUCCGUAUUGUAUAUCCUCCAAGACCACCAACCAUAUUAGGAUAUGAUUUGAAAACAUCUCUUAGAGUGGGCGAUAUGCAGAAAUUUAAUUGUGUUUCUGUGGGUGGAAACCCUCCAGCAAUUCUUAGAUGGUUCAAAGGAGACAGAGAGAUUAGUGCCCCUGUAAUAUCUAUUGGAUCUGGAGUGGCAAGCGAGCUUAUAAUCAGAGUUCAACUGAGUGACAAUGGUGCUUAUUAUCGGUGUGAAUCUUUUAAUUCUGCUCUAAAGAAACCACUGUCUGCCUUCGUGCGAGUUUCAGUANAUUGUGUUUCUGUGGGUGGAAACCCUCCAGCAAUUCUUAGAUGGUUCAAAGGAGACAGAGAGAUUAGUGCCCCUGUAAUAUCUAUUGGAUCUGGAGUGGCAAGCGAGCUUAUAAUCAGAGUUCAACUGAGUGACAAUGGUGCUUAUUAUCGGUGUGAAUCUUUUAAUUCUGCUCUAAAGAAACCACUGUCUGCCUUCGUGCGAGUUUCAGUAUUCUUUCCUCCAAUGAACGUAACAAUUGCAGUUCAUCCUGUUGAACCUAGAGCUGGAGACAAUGUAACAAUUAGUUGCAUAUCUGCUAGCAGUAAUCCAGUAUCAAGAAUAACUUGGAUGAGAGACGAAACUACUCUGAAAAACAUCAGGGAGGAAACGGUUGGUUCAGUUUAUGGUGGAUACACCACACGGAGUAGGAUAUUCAUAAUAGUUUCCCCAUCUGACGAUGAAACACAAUUUACAUGUUCAGCUAAAUGUGAUGAAUUCAAAACUAUUGUUAAAGACUACUUCACACUUCGUGUUAGACAUGUCCCAGUAUUCUUGAAAACAACUCACAAUUUAGAUAUGUUAGAACAAAGUUCUGUGAUAAUCAACAUGACAGCUAAGGCUUAUCCUGAACAUAUUACUUACGUAUGGAGCAAGAAAGAAAUUCCAGUCGAAAGUGGGAAGAUGUCACAGCGCAUUUCAUCCAGUGGUCCCAUUUUAGAUGUAAGGAAUGCGACAAGGAAGGAUUCAGGAACUUAUGUCUGUACAGCUGAGAAUGAAGAAGGCCAGACGCGAAUUUCCAUCACUUUAAAUGUUUUAUAUGGUGCUUCAAUUGAAUCUUUGAAAAUUAUUUCACCGUCUGGAGCCGUUUUUGAAGGAGGAGAAGUCACAAUAGAAUGCAGAACUACAGCUAACCCAACAAAAUCAGAUAUGAUAAAAUGGAGAAACAAAGGCAUAAUUCAAAAUGGUCGCCAGAAUCAAGAUAAUUCUAUAUCAGUUUUGCACAUCAGUAAUAUUUCCAGAGAAUACAGAGGUCUAGUAGAGUGCUGGGCUGACAAUGGUGUUGGUUCCCCAGCAUUUCAGUCAAUCAUGCUGAAUAUUCUUUAUAAACCUUUGGUCUUACAAAGUGGUGGCGAACUGAAUGAUGGAGUUGGUGAUAUUAAAUGCAUAUUUGACGCCACUCCCAACGUGACUGUCACGUGGGCUCUAAACAAUACAGUAUUAAAAGAAGAUGCACUAAAAUACAGUAUGAGUCUCACUAACACGGCUGAUGUUCAUUGGCUAUCUGUUCUUACUAUUAGAAAUAUCAAUUAUGACGAUUAUGGAAUUUAUUCUUGCAUUGCUAGAAAUAAUCUUGGAUUUGAUUCUGCUGAUAUAAUUUUAAAUGAAAGAGGUGUUAUUCCUGAUGUUACAACUCCUGCAUUGGUCCCAAAAGACGCUCCCAGUCGAUUUCAGACCAUUAAGUCUUGGUGGAUCACGGCAACAGCUGGUGCCCUUGUGAUAGUUUUACCUUGUUUCAUUUUCUUUAUUUGCAGUCUAAGAAAAAGAUCCAACAGGACAACCCCUCAGAGAUCGCGAGAAACACGUCAUCUGGAUAUCAACAACCUCACGUCGGAAGAAGUUUGCAACAAGUUGAUGCUAUCCGGGGAUGUUAAAUCGAUAUUAUUGUGUACUUCAGAGAAACACCUCCCUCUACAUGACUACAAGGGGCAGUCAGUUUUCACUAUAGAGGAUCCUUAUUCAUUAGACAAAGUGCAUACUAGACAUGAUCAUGAUUCUAAAUCAUUAGGUAAUCCAGUCAGAGAUACAUUAGUGGAAGAUAUACCUCCUUCUUCAGUGACGUCACAGCGUGAUUGCCCAGAUAUACUAAAGAACGAAAAGUGUCUGUGUCUGGUCUCGAUGAAAGAAAACGGAGAGGAUUGUAUGUCUCCUCAGUCCGAUAGUCCAGAGAGUCCAAGAUUCAAUUCUACACCUUCUGGUUCAACGGGAUCUUGUCUUAGUGUUUACCAUGAAAAAACGUCUAUACGGUCCUUAGCUGGAGAUGUGGAUAGUGCAGCUUUGGCAAAACUUCACCCAAUUAUGGUGAUAAGAAUAGAAGAAGAUUUACAUAAACUUUCAGAAACGUGAUGUUUCAGGACAACAAUUAUGUCAUAAUGUUUAUUGAUGUAUUACUCGGAUUUGAUACAUUUUUAAUGUCUCUUCAAUGAAGUGCCUAAUAUUGAUGUUUCUAAAACUAUGUGGGAAUCCGUUUGGUUUAAAUUACCGUGAUUUCUAUUUUUCUAAUAAGAGUUGAAGAAACAAAGGGCUUAAAGACUAUUCUCAUAUUUCUGUGAUUAUAUUAAAAUGGGCUUCUAAACAGUGUUGAUAUUUAUUGUCUGUUAAUGAUGGCACGUGACAUUAUUUAAUACAAAUUAUAAGAAGAUACAUGAAACGAUUUUAGUUUUAAUUUUACGUUUUACUCAAUGCAUACA